CGAGGGCGCCUCAUCUCUCCGCCAAGUCGGCAAGCCACUUGGUGCAACGUUUCUUGCAAUUUCAAUUGUCAUUCUCUUUGUUGGCUUUCAUCGCUACUUUGAGAGCCAGCAUUGGAUCAUUCGCGGCAAGUUUCCAGCUAGUCGCGUCAGCAUUGCCCUCGUUGCCUUUAUCGCUGGCGCCCUCAUUGUCGCAAGCUUGGUCGUAAUUCUUGCCGUCGCCCCGCAUGCUUUUGAGAGCUGAGUCUGCUUUAUAUCCCAUGUGCUGGAUCCUGUCCAAACUUUCUUGUUUGAUUCUUUUUCACCUACUCAUUUUUUGUUUAUAUCUAUAUCAUUUUGACUUUUUUUUUGGAGCCAUUACCUUAUCUAAUUGGGAGAGGGAGAGGUAUAUGUUCGAUCCUCGACAUCUCUUUUUCCCUCUUUUCUUCUCGAGGAACUGGAGUCGAUGUCUCUUAGUCGUUGAAAUACCACUUUGUUUGGACAUUCUACUGUCUUAUUCUACUUUACUUCUCUCCAUCUCGUUUCAUCCAGUCUUGGUUCUCCCCUUGGGACUGCACUUUUCACCAUCGGUCCGCCUGCCAUGACCGUGUUGCCGCUCUUCUUCAAUCUGUACACUAUUCAUAAUUUUAUUCAAAACUCUACAUAUCUACCUUUUUGAACGCCCUAUCCUCUCUCAC